UGAUGCUGCAUUUUGUGAUGAUGUACAGAUAUUGUGAUGGAUGUUGGCGGGUUCUUAUGAAAGUGAGGAUGGAUGUAACCGUAGAUAUCUCCACAUAAGGCCUAGCAAAAGGCGCGUUGAAGCCUGAUUUUAGCAGAUUCCAAAUGACCAAUUUGGCUAUUUCAGUACGCCGGUCACGUGAACACGUGACGCAGUUGUUGCAGAUUACAUAACUUUUAUUACGUAACUCAUGCAACACGCCACCGUCGCCCUCAAAGUUCCGCCCUAGGACUUGUUCAUCACCACGUUUACUUCAUUUUUUUUUGGGAUCACCGUACUUUUCUCAGAUAUAAUGUUCGUCACUAAAUGUGAUUCAUUGCUGUAUUCAUUCUGCUACAAUGUGUUGCAUGUUGUUGCAUCACUGUUGUAUCCCAGGCUGCUGUGGACAGGCUUGCACACCUAUACAUUUGUCGGCAUCGUCGAUUGUGAUACAGGUAUGCCUUUUGUUGAUACUGACCAUGUACUUGUCAAUCCCCUAUUUGUUUUGAUCCACUCUGUCACUCUGAGUGCUCUCAGUCCUUACAAUGCUCUACCUAUUGCCCGUCAAACACACCUCCUCACUGAUUCGUCCACCACCGUUGGUCUCCAUCCACUAGCUGUCCUCCCAUCUUGUCAGCACCCCACUCGGACCACGUACUUUUACAUGGCUUCGAUCCGAAGUUCGAACAAGCCAUCCAAUGCACCUGGAACUCCGACGUCCCUGCUCACGCCUGCGACUGUGUGCGGCAACCGAAUAAGGACCAGUUGUCUGGAUGGGUUCUCGAAAUGAAAUGGAGAAAGCCUUCGACAGCUUAAUGUAAUUGUACAUCUAUUGCGUACUCCCCC